AAACCUAUUUCUAUAUAAAGCCAACCCAGUGCCACAUCACUACCAUCCUACUCAACAAACUUCACAAUUACGGAGUAAAAAAUACAGAGCAGAAGCAACUCAAGCAAGCAACACUAGUGCAAAAAUGGCUAUGGCAUUCAAGAUGGCGACGUUGGGGAUGAAGGUGACAGAGGAAUGCAAGAAUUCAUUCAUGGAGAUGAAGUGGAAAAAGGUUCACCGCUACAUCGUUUUUAAGAUCGAUGAGAAGUCCGGCGGAUUCACCGUCGAUAAGGUCGGCGCCUCCGGUGAGGGUUACGACGAUCUCACCGCCUCGCUUCCCGAUGACGAUUGCCGCUACGCCGUCUUCGAUUUUGAUUUUGUCACCGUUGAUAACUGCCGCAAGAGCAAGAUCUUCUUCAUCGCUUGGGCACCAUCAGCAUCAAGAAUUAGAGCAAAAAUGUUGUAUGCAACAUCAAAGGAUGGAAUAAGGAGAGCAUUAGAUGGAAUACAUUACGAAGUGCAGGCAACCGAACCUAGUGAGAUGGGGUUCGAUAUCAUCAAGGACCGCGCUAAUUAGCUCUAAUCUUGAUUUUAACUGCCCCUCUAAAUCUCAAAUUAAUCCCAAAAUGUUCUAAUUUAUGUGUUUUUUUUUCUUUUCAUAGUUUCAAUUGAUGACCUUAGAUUUAGAUCAAAGGUAGUAUUAAGAUCGGAUUCGGAGGAGUUUUAAUUAACAUGUUUGGUAGUGUUGUUGCUCCCCUUCCUUUGAUCUUUUCUUCUUGUCUUCUAUUUUGUAUGUUGUUGUUUGUACUCGAAAUGAUGCUAAUCUUGUAAUGCUAAUCCUCUAAUUUGGUAAAAUAAUUGAGGUGGGCAUUUGUACUAAUUAAAUCAAGUAAUAAAAUAGUAGUAUUAUCAAUUAUCUAUUA